AUGGCGAAGACUUGGUUCCUUCUCGGACUGCUUUUCCUGCUGCUUGCACGUCUCCUGGGUAUUCAAAUUGAUUUCGAACGCACGGAACAGUUGACAGGGUUCGACGUGUACGGCAGUACGCUUCGUGUACGCAAAUACAAUCGUACCACGAUCGUUCUGAACGGAACCUUUACCUCGAAGAUUGUUCUGGACAACAACUACGCGGUUUCGACACAACUUUUCCACAGUCCGCUCGGCAAUCAACAGUUUAACCACUAUCCGAUGAAGCUGCCAACGCACCAGUUGCGCGAUUUUCGUCGAUAUGUUCCAUGAUGAAUACGGUGAAUAUCUGGUCAACGUGUACGACAUGCCGGAGCGGGGCGUAUGUCCGAUAAAGCCACGAUCAGCUCACACCAUCAAUAAGGUCUUUCCGACCAAAACCAUUCCUCCGUUUUUACCGUCCGGGCUGUGGAAAAUUUAUAUCUAUACUACGCUGAAAGAGAAGGAGGUUUCAAAGUUUGAGUGGAUUGUUAAAAUAAGUACUGAU